CCCUGAAAGUUGACCAUGGGAGAAUGGACCAUUCUGGAGAGGCUGCUGGAGGCGGCCGUCCAGCAGCACUCGACCAUGAUCGGCAGGUGGCCGGAAAAAGGAGACCAAAGGGAUGUCCGCGUUGCUCUCUUUCUACUGGAUUUGAUCCUGCUAACUGUGGUGGUGAUUUUCCGCAUCUUGAUAGUUGGCAUAGUGGGCGAGAAGGUGUACGAGGACGAGCAGAUCAUGUUCAUCUGCAACACCAUGCAGCCCGGCUGCAACCAGGCCUGUUACGAUAAGGCCUUCCCCAUCUCGCACAUCCGCUAUUGGGUCUUCCAGAUCAUCUUGGUGUGCACGCCGAGCCUGUGCUUCAUCACCUACUCCGUCCACCAGUCGGCCAAAGCUCGGGACCGCAGCUACUCGCUGCUGCACCCUUACAUGGACCACCACGGUCACGGUCACCACGGCCGCCAUCACGACCAUCACGCUCGCAAGCUUCACUCCCGCAACAUCAACGGCAUCCUGGUGCACCCCGACAGCAGCAAGGAGGAUCACGACUGCCUGGAGGUCAAAGAGAUCCCCAACGGACCUCGAGGGCUCCCUCCAACGCACAAGAGCGCCAAAGUGCGGCGACAGGAAGGAAUCUCCCGUUUCUACGUCAUCCAGGUCGUGUUCCGCAACGCCCUGGAGAUCGGCUUCUUGGCGGGCCAGUACUUCCUGUACGGCUUCAACGUGCCGGGAAUGUUCGAGUGCGACCGCUACCCGUGCGUGAAGGAGGUGGAGUGUUACGUGUCUCGGCCCACGGAAAAGACCGUGUUCCUGGUCUUCAUGUUCGCCGUCAGCGGCAUUUGCGUGGUGCUCAACCUGGCUGAGCUCAACCACCUCGGCUGGCGGAAGAUCAAGACGGCCAUCCGCGGCGUGCAGGCCCGACGGAAGUCCAUCUGCGAAGUGCGCAAGAAGGACGUUUCCCACCUGUCUCAGGCCCCCAACCUGGGCCGGACCCAGUCCAGCGAGUCGGCCUACCUCGGAACUGAGUUUGCGAUCGCGCUGCAAACCAACAUCCGAUACCUGUUGUCCAGUUUCAGACUUUUCAAGCCACUUUGUUGUCGUUGUAAGCGCAUGCUGGUGUGGAAAGGCAGGCCACACUGGGUUCUUAUUGACAUGCGAGCGGCACUGCUGCGUGUGGCGUACGAGCGCAUCGACGAGAAUACAGCGCGCGCGCGCACACGCGCCACGAGUCGGAGGGCGGUAAUCAUAAGCAGUACACGCGAGACAGUAAUGAGGAGCACACGCGUCGCUCUGCUGAUGCCUUGUGGUCCAAAAGCGCACGCCCACUCAGAACCGAGCAGUGCUGUACAACAUCGGCUAAAGAUCAGCUGGACUGCCCUUCCGCCACAUUGCAACGAAACGUGGGCUUUACAAGGACUGAAGCACUAUUACGUCAAAGCCGCAAGCGUCCGGCCGUGCGCGGGCUCGCUCUCGUCUGCGCCGUGUUUGGGCGGGCGCGGGGCGUGUCUCCCCCUCGUCGCCGUGGAAGCAAACGAGGAACGAGAUCAAGCGUGCGUGUCUCGCUUCCAUGAAAAGGGAUGCGUGUUGAUUUCGGACGAGACAAACGCGCAGCGUCUGCUUUCCCGCUCUCCCAAUACGAGGACGUGGAGGCGUAGCUCUUUGUCGGACGCCCUCUUUUCUCUUGAAUGUGGUGAAGUCAUAGACUUCAGACCAGGCUGUUUGCAGUAUUUACCUUGGCAACCUGCACAGUGCACAGUGUACCUUGCUGAAAGGGGAUUAGAUAAGAGGGGGAGGAGAGCAGCGCAAGACAAGACACCACAAGUGGACCAUUACUUACCUGAACCAUACAACACAAAGAUCAACAUGGCAAACAGGGCCCCAGCUUUCGGUCUCACCCGCGAGGUGCAGUGUAAGAUUGAUAAGAAAUACAACCCGGAGUUGGAGGAAACGCUGGUGGAGUGGAUCGUGGCCCAGUGUGGACCUAACGUGGCCCGGCCCAUGUCGGGCAGACCCGGCUUCCAGGAAUGGCUGAAGAAUGGAUGCGUGCUGUGUGAGCUCAUCAACAGCUUGACUGUGCCCAACAAGGCAAUCAGAACUAUCAAGAGCACCGGAAUGGCCUUUGCGCAAAUGGAGCAAAUCUCCUUGUUCCUCACCGCGGCAGAAAAAUACGGAGUGACCAAAACGGACAUAUUCCAAACUGUCGACCUCUACGAAAGCAAGGAUCUGGCAGCUGUCCAGAGGACCUUGGCGGCUCUCGGUAGCUUGGCUGUCACAAAGAAUGAUGGCAAUUACAAAGGAGACCCCAGCUGGUUCCAUAAGAAGGCCCAAGAGAACAAGAGGGAUUUUUCUGAGGAGCAGCUGAGUGAAGGUAAGAACGUCAUCGGCCUGCAAAUGGGCACGAACAAGUUGGCGUCUCAAGCUGGCAUGACGGCCUACGGGAAACCCAGACAGAUCAUCAACAACAACUGAGGCCGAGAAGCCUUUCGGCGCUCGGCGUCAGGCCAGCCGGCAAAAAUGGGGAAACUCUUCCCCUUCCACUAAAUCUUCAGGCCAGGAGAACAAAUGUGACCCGUCUGUUUUUUUUGCAGACCAAACUGGACCAAAACGCGGACCAAAGCAACUGUGUGCACAUACGCCAACACAUGUAAAUAGAGAUGUGUUUCAUUGCCAGCAAAACUGUUACGUCGACUUCGACCUUUUCUGCUAAAGUGCAUUUUUGCGAGCAGCUCAAUUGCAUUGACGUUGAUUAGACUUCGAGGUUUGAGGGCUCGAAUCCAUAAAAUUCAGCUGUGGAUGAGUUUUACUUCUACCUAUGGCGCAUUGGAGGAAACUCCGACAGUGUUACAGCAGCACGCAUUUAUAACCGGGGUGCAGCACAAAUUUGAUGAAAUCAAACAAAGGUAAAGAAGAAAUUAGACCAAUUACAACAAGUUAGUGGGACACAUUAAGCAAACCUAUUGCUGGAUUUCUGCUGCCAAUAUUUUCCUUCUCUAAAUGCAAUGAUGGCCUUCUUUUGGUGUACUACAUUCUGUUUGAAAACGAUUUGAAAAUAAAGUUCCUCAACUAAC